AUGGGCUGGAAUAUGACCCUACACUCAUUUCUUACGCCUGCGACGAAGCGAAGAAUCCAGGAACCACUACCAUACCUAAUAAAUUCACGGGAGAAAGGAGUUUCCCAAGUGGUUCAAGACAGUCAAUUCGAUCCAAAGUACGCUCAGCCCUCAUGGCCGGCUUAA